AUGAAAAAUCAUUGGCAAGUGACGUUCAUUUAUACUUGCACUGGAAGAAUCGAUUUUAUUGGCGACCCGAAAAAUGUGUCAAAUGUCUCUCAAAAUCAUAUUGAAGGAAGAAAUAACAUUGACGUACUUGGAAUAUUCGUGGAGAAUCAAACAUUAGGAUUUUUACCAAGAAAUAUCGACAAUUUCUUCCCAAACCUUGAAUCUUUGGUUUUCAGACACACAAGAAUUGAAAAUUUGUUUCCUUCUGAUUUGAGAGUCUUUCCAAAUUUGAUUCAGAUUGACUUACGGGGCAAUUUCAUUCGUCAACUUGAUUUUCACUUUUUCAAAAAUAAUCUAAGAUUGAGUGCGAUAAGUUUUAAUUGCAAUCCGUUGAAUCAUAUAGGCCACGGCGUAUUUGAUGUUUUAGAUGAACUAACAUCACUUUGGACUCCAGGGACUUGCAAUCCAUUAUUAAUUGUUAAUAACAGAACCCAAGUUGUUUCUGGGAUUCGCGAUUUCCCUCGACUAUGUCCACCAACAUUCGAAAUGAUUGAAAGAGAAAUUCUCACUGGAAAAAGUUUUGAACGAGCAGUUGACGAACGGAUUGCCGACCGAAUUAACCCUUUGACUAUGCAAGUCUUUCAAUUGAGACAGGAGUUGAUUCAAUUAGAACAUCGCAUUGCAGUGCUUGAAGGAAUGAAUUAA